GUGGCAACGGCAUCAUGGCUUCUUGGAACCGCUACGGGAGUCGGAUGAGAGAGCUGAAAAUGUACACAUUCGUCUUCUUGGUGUGCCUGGUGUCGGUGCUGCAGGCGGCUGUAAAGGUCUCUCCUCUCAUAGAGAAGGUCAGCGAACACAAGGACUUCAAGAAGCUUCUCCGGACCCGAACCAAUGUCCUGGUGCUCUACACUAAGUCAGCUACCUCCGGGGACUCUAAGCUGAAGCUGCUGUCUGACGUGGCCCAGGUUAUCAAAGGACAGGGCACCAUCGCUUGGGUCAACUGUGGGGAUUCAGAGGGUCGUAAACUGUGUAAGAAAGUGAAAGUGGAUCCCAGCUCUAAAAGUGGGGGCGCAGAUCUCCUGCAUUAUAAAGAUGGGACGUUCCAUACAGAGUACAACAGACCUGCUACAUACAAGUCCAUGGUGGCGUUUUUAAAAGACCCCACAGGAGCCCCUCUUUGGGAGGAGAACCCGGAAGCUAAAGAUGUUGUUAAUGUAGAAACUGAGAAAGACUUCAGGAAGCUUCUAAAGAGGGAGGAGAGGCCAAUCCUCAUGAUGUUCUAUGCCCCAUGGUGUGGUGUCUGUAAGAGGAUGCAGCCCGUAUUUCAACAGGCAGCUACAGAGACCAAGGGUACAUAUGUGCUGGCUGGGAUGAACGUGCACCCAGCCGAGUUUGAUGGCCUCAAGCAGGAGUACAAUGUCAAGGGCUACCCCACCUUCUGUUACUUUGAGAAGGGGAAGUUCCUGCACCACUAUGAAAACUACGGAGGUACAGCCAAGGACAUCGCUGACUGGAUGAAGAAUCCCCAGCCCCCCCAGCCGAAGGCCCCAGAGGUCCAAUGGUCGGAGACUGACUCCCCCGUCUUCCACCUGACUGACGACUCCUUAGAUGGGUUCCUGGAGGAACACCCAUCUGCCCUGGUCAUGUUCUAUGCCCCAUGGUGUGGCCAUUGUAAGAAGAUGAAGCCAGAGUAUGAUGAAGCUGCUGAGUACCUCAACAAAGACAAAAAUAGCCCUGGUGUUCUGGCAGCUGUGGACACCACCAUCCACAAGGCAGUGGGAGACCGCUUCAAGAUCUCCGGCUUCCCCACCGUUAAGUACUUUGAGAAGGGAGAGGAGAAGUUCACGCUACCCCACCUCAGGAGCAAGGACAAGAUCAUAGAGUUUCUACAGAACCCCCUGGCGCCCCCUCCCCCAGAGCAGUCCUGGGAAGACAAGCCGUCCAGCGUCAGCCAUCUAGGAAUGGAGGACUUCAGGGAAGCGCUGAAGAAGAAGAAGCAUGCCCUCGUCAUGUUUUACGCACCAUGGUGUCCCCACUGCAAGAACGCUGUCCCUCAUUUCACCACUGCAGCAGAUCUCUUUAAAGAGGACCGCAAGAUUGCCUAUGCUGCUGUGGACUGCACUAAAGGACAGAACCAAGAACUGUGCAAGCAGGAGGGUGUGGAGGGCUACCCCACGUUCAACCACUACAACUAUGGGAAGUUUGCAGAAAAAUACAACGGAGAACGAGGGGAGGCGGGGUUUAUAGGUUUCAUGCGCAGCCUGCGGGGGCGGGACCAGGGCAAGAGGAAGGAGGAGCUUUAAGGCAGGGUGUGAUGAGGGGGAGGAGCCUGUCGUUGCACUGUGACCCUGGACAGGGGCCUCUUAGCACUGACAUCACGUGAUGUCAUCAUGAUGUGACAUCACAGGGCGGGGACUUGAGAACCUCAGCGUUUCAGCGAAAGGCCAUUUUUUUAUACUGAUAUUGAUCGAUCAUGUGAUCAAGUUUGUAAUAACGGGGAUUACCUACCGUGUGACCACUUAAGACCUUUUUUUUUCUCUUGAUAAAAAACAAAAGAAAACAUGAAAAUGUUGCCCAAAUACUGUGACUGCAUUUGUGAAAAGCUACACCUUAUACUGUAUCUAUGCAAUACCGGACCCUCCCUUUCAGAUCCACUCUUGUGUGGUUGGUUGGUGGCUGUACUGGUGGUUGGAUGGUGGGUUACCACCUACAGUACAUCACAGGGACCAUCGCUACAGUACAGUCCUACCGGUCACUACGUCCCUGUUCAUUCACCUCAAGAGGAAUACAAUCUAAGCCUACAACUGUUUGUUUCAAUAUAACUGUUUCAAUAUUUGUGUACAUACCUGUCUAUCAUGUUAGGUAUGGGUUUGUUUCAGGAUGAUAAGUAUCUAAUAGCUAAAACUGUGGCCUUUUUAAUAAAUAUGUAUGAAAGCUAAUCACUCACCGCAGAGUCAGACAGAUAGUAGGGUAGUGAAAGAUACGAGGCCCUGAAACAUAAAGCUCUUAGAGUCGUGUGUUGAAACCUGGUGCUUCUGGGUUCCACCUGUUUCCAAGUCGGCUAUUAGAGAGAUGACAAAUCAGACACAAACAUAAAAUGCCCAAAAUAAAUUAGAAUUAUUUUUAUGUUACUGUGCUGAACCUCCAGACGUCAAUGAUUUUACAGAAGCCUCCUGUUGACAUAGUGAUAUUAUUUUUUACUGUAGACGUGUUGGUUGUCUAGCAACAAAACCAACGCGCGCGCGACUAUGGGGCAAAACAGACGGGGUUGUUGACAACAUGUAAACUUUAUUUCGUCUUCAAUGUGUAUUGAAAACAAAUACAUUUGCACAAUGAGAAAUUGUCUCUCAAAAACAUUGUUGCAUUUGUUGGUUAGCUAGCUAGCAAAUGUUUUGCCACAUUAGCAUAGACGUGACAUUAGUCAAAACACCUCAAAACGAGACAUGGUAUCAAGAACAAGAUAAAACUAGCUGAAACGAGCCACCUAUGAGUUCCCACGUGGCAGCUUCUUGUCAUUGUUGCUAGCUAUCUGCCAUCCAGAAUCACAACAACACACAGACUUCUGACCCAUUGAAGUGUGCACAUAAUUUCCAUAUUGUCAGCUAACCCAUCUAUUGUCCUACAUUCCUCUAGUGUUACUGAGAUACGUCCAAAAAACAGUUUUGCCUCUUGCAAGUGUAUUCCAUGAUAUCAUCUAAGACCAAUUAAAAACAAAGCCCUUGGAAAAGAUAUGGGGCCAAAUAUGGUCAUUAAUGUGCCAUUUCCUCCUCCAUUCUUAAAAUGUGUACAGGAACAAGACUGCGCCAGUCCCUCCCUUUUUGUCUGUAUCCCUCCCUUUUUGUCUGUAGCAAUCAGAACCAUUCAGCUCAAUAUCAGGAGGCAUAUGGGAUUAUGAUUAUAAAAGAUCCAGGAUAUCAGUUCCAUCUGAACAAAGUCAAGAAUUCAAGAGCAUAUUGCCUCUGUGUGUGUGUCUCUGUCUCUGUCCUGGUCUGGGAAAUGUUAUCCCAUAUGUCCCAGCACAUCCAAAUGGAUGACUUCAGAUUUCACAGUGCUGCAGAGGUGUGUGAGAAAGUCGAUGGACACCCUUAACACCCCCGCCACACACACACCACCCGAGCUUGGCACCAUCAUUAAUACCGGAGCCAUUAUCUUUGUGGCGACUUUAAGGCUGUGUGUUUUAACUCCCCGGCUUACGCCGCUAUAAAUAUUUAAAGGCCUAUCUGUAGCUGAACUUGUGUUUUAUUAUUCAGGAGUUUGGUUCCUUUCAUUAUUGAAUUAGGUUCUCAGGGAUAGCGAAAACACAAUUAAAGGGAACUAGCUUGUAUUAAUUUGCAUUGCAGUUAGAUGGUUUUGACCUCUAGUCUCCAAAUUUAAAAGAAUUGUUUACAUUUGUCUUGUAUGGAAAAAUACCCAAAUGUAUAGAUAAAUGGUCCAGUUUACAUUUCCUGUUCAAAGUAAUGGCAGAAAGUAUUCAAUAAAACAUGUUGUGCAGAUGAGGGUUAAUGAACUGACAAAUACUGUACAUUGUUUGGGUUUCUAAAUGGAUUAGUUGCAAAUGAAAAGUCUUAAAUAAUCUGCAGACUGACAUAGAACACGGUCUCCAAUCAAUGUUACCAUAACAUUUCUGCAUCAUGCAAAACUAGCCGCAACAUCACAGAACGUUGGGAGAAUGCUUUACUGUAUGUAGCUGGAUUUUGACACACAUGCUGGUUUUUUUUAGAUGUUCAGUUUUCUUUCUGUUGGGAUGAUUUGCUUUGUUUACUUUCACGUUUGUUUCUGCAGUACAGGGCCUACUCAGUGCUAUCAAAUGGUUAAAGACUUGACAAACCUAUCAAGACCACCUUUGUCUUAUCCCAAAUCUCUCCUAUUGUGUGGAAACUGUCACAUUUAUGCAUAGAAGUCAUUGUCGCCUUUGUUGACUUUCUGUGCCCAGCCAUAUGUACAGUUUUGCCCUUCGAAUGAGGACCUUGCUAAAAUAAAAACUCAAACAUUUCCAAGA